AAAUAAAUAAUAACUAGAAAAAUAGGAACAGAGGAAAGGACGGUGUUACUAAAAUCACACUCCACUACACUUUCAAUUUCAGAGCCUCAUUCCAGAUGAAUCCCAACUCCCAUUUCAACAUCUCACCCCUCCUCCUCCUCCUCUUCCUUCCCACAUUCCUCCGCCUCGCCGCCGCCCUCCCCGCCGUCAGCCAUGGCAGCCUCUCUGACGCUGAAGCUCUCUACAUCCGCCGCCGCCAGCUUCUGUACUACAGAGACGAGUUUGGUGACCGUGGCGAAGAAGUCACUGUGGACCCAUCUCUGGUUUUCGAAAACGGGAGGAUUAGAAAUGCUUACAUUGCACUUCAGGCUUGGAAACUAGCCAUUUUGUCUGACCCUUUCAAUCAAACCGCCAAUUGGGUCGGAUCUGACGUCUGCAGCUACUUCGGCGUUUACUGUGCUCCCGCAUUGGACGACCCCAACAUCCGCACCGUCGCUGGAAUCGAUCUCAACCACGGCGACAUUGCCGGAUACCUCCCUGAAGAGCUCGGUUUGCUUGUGGAUCUUGCAUUGUUCCAUAUCAACUCAAACAGAUUCUGCGGCACUUUACCUCACAGAUUUGAUCGUCUCAAGUUGCUACACGAAUUGGAUCUCAGUAAUAACCGGCUCGCUGGGAAGUUCCCCGGCGUGGUUCUCAAGCUUCCGGCGCUCAAGUUUUUGGAUCUGAGGUUUAACGAAUUCGAAGGAAAUGUACCCAGAGAGCUGUUCGAUAAGGAUUUAGACGCCAUUUUUAUUAACCACAACAGAUUCAGAUUCGAACUGCCUGAUAAUUUUGGAAAUUCGCCGGUGUCGGUCAUUGUGCUUGGGAACAAUAAGUUCCAUGGGUGUGUGCCUUCGAGCUUGGGCAACAUGACGAGGCUGAAUGAGAUCAUUAUGAUGAACAAUGGGCUUAAUUCUUGCUUGCCGCCCGAAAUUGGGGCGUUGAAGAACUUGACGGUGUUCGAUGUAAGUUCCAAUGAGCUGGUGGGUCCGUUGCCGGAGACAUUUGGAGGGCUUGCGAGUUUGGAGCAACUCAAUGUGGCUAAUAAUUUUCUUUCUGGGACGAUUCCGGAGAGUAUUUGUGAUUUGCCUAAGCUUCAGAACUUUACGUUCUCGAAUAACUUCUUCUCCGGUGAGCCGCAGACGUGUUUGAGGGUUCCGGAUUUCAGUGAUCGGAGGAAUUGCUUGACUGGCCGGCCGGCGCAGCGGCCGAGUGGGCAAUGUAAGGCGUUCUUUUCGAGGCGUGUUGAUUGUAAUGCGUUUAAAUGCCGUGCUUCUUCUGUUUCGCCUUCUACUCCAUUUACUCCGCCGCCGGCAGGGGAGGUGUCUCCUCCAUCGCCGCCGCUCUCGCCCCAUUUUCCUCCUCUGUCGCCACAUUCGCCACCGUCGGCACCGCCAUUGGUUUCUUCUCCGCCGUCACCUUCCUCUCCGUCUACACCUACAACCCCUUCAACGCCACCUCAAGGUCAUGCUCCGCCGUCAUUACCCUCACCCUUAUCGCCCCCUAAAGGUCUUUUUCCGCCGGCAUUACCUCCGCCGACUGAUCCCUUACCAUCCUCACCACCCCACGGCCAUACUCCGCCGGGUCCACCUUCGCCUUCCUCUCCAUCUACACCGACAACCCCUUCAACGCCGCCUCAAGAUCAUGCGCCGCCGUCAUUACCCUCACCCUUCUCGCCCCCAAAAGGCCAUCCACCGCCGGCAUUACUUCCGCCGUCUGAACCCUUACCAUCUUCACCACCCCACGGCCAUACUUCGCCGGGUCCACCUUCGCCUUCCUCUCCGUCUACACCCACAACCCCUUCAACGCCGCCUCAAGAUCAUGCUCCGCCGUCAUUACCCUCACCCUUCUCGCCCCCAAAAGGCCAUCCGCCACCGGCAUUACCUCCGCCGUCUAAUCCCUCACCAUCAUCACCACCCCACGGCCAUACUCCGCCUGGACCACCUUCGCCUUACUCAUCGUCUUCACCUACAACCCCUUCAACGCCGCCUCAAGGUCAUGCUCCACCGUCAUUACCCUCACCCUUAUCUCCCCCAAAAGGUCAUCCGCCGCCGGCAUUACCUCCGCCGUCUGAGCCCUUACCAUCCUCACCACCCCACGGCCAUACUCCUCCGGGUCCACCUUCUUCAUCCGAACCGCCAUCAUCACCGCCACAAGAUCACUCUCCGCCAACUCCCUCGCCGUCCGAACCAUCACCUUCAACGCCGCCUACUGGUCAAACUCCAGCCAUUCCUCCUUCGCCAUCCGUGCCUGCAACUCCAUCACCGCCACAAGUCCUCAAUCCGCCGGUUGAGCCUUCUCCUCCAUUAACAUCAUCACCACCAGCACCAUCAUUCCCAGUUCACACUCCGCCUCCACCACAUUUCCCUGAUUUCCCUUCGCCACCAUCCACACAACCUCCUGUCUACUGUCCCCGCUCCCCAUAUCCACCAUCUCCUCCAUCCUACUCCCCAAACCCACCUCUCCAACACCCCACCUCCCCUCCGCCGCCAUUACCUAUUCAUUCUCCCCCUCCCCCUGUUUACACAUCGCCAUCGCCGCUUCCUCUUCCUUGCAUACAACCUCCUCCACCUCCCCCACCAGAUACUCAAUACUCGGAACCACCGCCAACACCAUCGUCUCCGAUUCCCUACAAUUCCCCACCACCGCCAUCUCCAUCGCCCCCACCGCCUCCAAGCCCUGUAUACGGAGGUCCCCUGCCACCAAUCUACGGAGUUCCAUACGCGUCUCCUCCGCCACCACCCUUGUAUUAAUUAAUUCGUCACAGAAAUCCCACCUGCAAUUUCCCCUUUUGAGCUUCAAUCUGGUCAAUUCUUCUCCCAACUCUCAUCACCCACGGAGAAAGAAGAAAAAGGAAGCUCAAGUGUUUGGCUUCUAUAUUUGGUUUUUACAUCGGCGUUGAUCUUGUUUUAGUCUGUAUAAAUUCAACAAAACCCCCACUUCUCUUCUUUUGGUUUAUGAGUUCUACUUUUAUUCGUAUUAUCAUCUUAAUCUAAA